AUGCGUGCCACUGAGUUGGUAGCAGUGGCAGGCCAGUUAGAUGAAAUGCGAUGCAGAUGCGCUGGACAAGAGGAGAACAUUGCUAGGUUGACUGAUGAAGUUACUCGGCUUCGAAAAGCAAACCAGCUAAUGCAUGCUAAAGUGGACAGUGUCGUUGAAAAGCUCUACACAGAAGUUACCAGCCGACCAGGCGGAGCA